AUGUCCGGGUCUUUCGAGAAAUCUGUAAAAGGCGGCACAAAGAUCAAGCUUGCGCCACCGAAGGCAAAGUAUGUCGAACACAUAUUGGUCGCGACUCACGCCGGGGACGCCGGAGUCGCAGAGAUCUUUCGAGUGCUACAUCAUCGACUUCGAGAUUCGACAUGGACGAUAGUAUUUAAGUCAUUGAUCAUCGUUCACCUCAUGAUUCGAGAAGGAGAGCCUAACGUCACACUCAAACACCUUGCUAACUCGCCCUCCAAGCUAGCUAUAAGUAAUUUCUCAGAUGGUACGUUCAAGGAAUAUAGCACGGUCUCUGCUAGGGGCCCAACAGAACGUGGGUAUAUGAGAAUCACAGAAAAUUGGGCCAUUUUGGCCGGAGCUUUAAGGAGGAAAACGGGCUGA